AUGGCCGAACAGAAUGCAGAACCCGUAACGACCGAUGUAGAGAGUAAUUAUACUGCAACAGCUAAUGAUCCAAAAAAUAUGCAUGAAGUAACGCAAUAUGUUCAGUCUUUACUACAAAAUAUGCAAGACAAAUUUCAGAGCAUGUCAGAUCAAAUUAUAAAUAGAAUAGAUGAAAUGGGUUCGAGAGUUGAUGAACUAGAAAAAAAUGUUACAGAUCUUAUGACACAGGCAGGUGUAGAAAAUGAAAAG